AUGGUUGCUACCAUCUUCGACGACCGCUGUGCGGAGCUUCGCGCUCCCGGCUUCCUCAACCUGACAAUCUCCAUCAUUAUCCUCAUCGGACUCCUCGUCUCGUACUUGCCUCAACACUACCGCAUCAUCGCCAGAGGCACCUCGGAGGGCAUCUCGCCAUGGUUCGUCCUGCUGGGAGUCACGUCCGCGACUGCCGGAUUUGCCAAUAUCCUAACCGUCGCUCCCUCGAGGCGCGACAUAGCAUGCUGCUCCGAGCUGGGCACUUUCGAAUGCGCCGCUGGUCUACUGGGAAUCGCCCAGCUGGGCGUGCAGUGGAUCUCCUUUGCGUUGAUCCUUGUCUUGUUCCUCGUCUUCUUCCGCUACAGCGACGCCAACAUUCCUGAUGAGGAGCUCGUCGACACCCCGCCGUCGUGGCAUACCGCCAUCAUGGUCGGCUUGCUCUGCCUGCUGCACGGCCUGCUGGUCAUAAUCCUGACCGUUGUCUUCACCGUCGCCCUCCGCGACCACCUCGACUUCUGGGCUAAUCUUCUCGGGGUCAUGGCGGCAGCCCUCGCCGCCGUGCAGUACAUUCCCCAGAUCUGGACGACGUACCACAUCAAGCACGUCGGGAGUCUAAGUAUCCCGAUGAUGUGCAUCCAGACUCCGGGCGGCUUCCUCUUCGCCGGCAGCCUGUUUGUAAGACUGGGCUGGGAGGGCUGGAGCACCUGGGGCAUCUUUAUCCUUACCGCACUCAUGCAGGGCGCCCUUCUCGUUAUGGCCGUCUACUACGAGUUCCAGGAGCACCACGGCGAUGUACACUCCCCGGCGCUCGUCGACGAACCCAGACGGCCCAACCCAAUCAGGACCUACUCGGAGGGCUGGGAGCAGGGUCUCCCCGGCCCGUAUACGGCCCAUCCCGAGCGGUACGCCGACACGGAGGAGGAGCUGGAGCGGUUACAAGACAGGGAAGAGCGGCAGGUCGAAAGGGAGACGAGACCCCUUCUUCGCCCGGGCGGCAUUGGCGACCCGCACAAGAACUACAACGCCACAGACGACUAA